AUGCAAGAAUCUAGAGUUUAAUUGGCCUUGCGAGAAAUCGCUUUCAUUAGGCAAUCCCUUUCUUCGAAAAAAAAGUACAUUCCCAUGAAGGAUGCUCUCAAUAACUUUUAGAGAGUAUUGGAAGAGAAUAAAAAAAAUGGUGUGCAAGACAUUCCCAGAGCAGAAAUACAAAAGUGUCUAAUCCCAGCUCAAGGACAAUUGAGAUCAGCCAAGUUUCACACUUCCUUUAUAUCCUUCCUUCUCAAGCUAAUCAAUUUGAAAGUUAUUAACGAUAUUUAAAUGAUAGAAGAUGUCCUUGACUACUUUUUGAAAAUCAAAGACAUCCAGAAAGAGGAACUCUAUUAUAAGCUCAUCUAAAGUUUCAAUACCUUUGUCCAUUAGGAUUUCAUCAAUUUCGGCAAUUAUAGUUUUGUUGAAAAAGUAGAAUUUUAAUCUCAUUUCUAGUGCUUAACCCUAGUCCUGUAUAUGAAGAACUCUAAGAUUCCUAUCAUUCAUGGACCAGCUGCCACUUCCUUAUAAAGACUAAUCGAAUUGCUUUCAGAUUCAACUCAAUUAAUAAUAGCAGGACAGGGCUUUGAUGAAAUGAACAUUGUCUUAGAUUUGGAUAAUCAACAAGAGCAGAAUUAAUAAUAAAUGGCCUAACCAAUUGAUCAUUCAAAGGAAUUUCAGAAUUUGCAUUCUAUGUUAUCUGAUUUAAUCAAAUUAAGUGAUAAUGUCAGACCACACUGGUAUCCUAUUUUGGUUCCUUUGGAUAGAGAGUUCGGUUUGACAAGCAUCAACAAUUUUCUUACCAGCAUGGGGAAGUUCUUCAUAUAGUACAAAACAAUAUCAGAGUUAUUAACAGAUAAUCUAAUUUUAAUUUUAAAGAAAAUCAUUACUACUCCCUUGUUAAGAAGUUAGGUAGUCAUUGAAACCUAUAAAUGUCUAAAAAUAUUGGUGGAGAAUGAGCAGUCAGAAGUGGUUUGGACUAUUUUGAUAAGUCAAAUUAAACAAAAUGAACACUCCAUUAAUAAAAACUUAGCUUUUUAAACAUUGAUAUAUUUUGUUUAGAAUCAAGUAUUUUUGAAUAAACUGGUUUAAUCACUCAGCAACGAAAAAAAUAUCAUAUUGGAGAUUAUAACAACUUUGUCAAACUUGGCUAAGGAAGUGUAGGAGCCAAGUGAAGCUGAAUGGAAAAGAUUGGUCGAAUUGGCUCAUCCUACAAUCAAUUUAGUAGAUAAUAGCGAAGUAUAUCCUAGUGAUAAUGGUUUAGUUUGUAGAAUGUUAAGUGAAUUUUAAUCACGAUUUGCAAAUUCAUUAUGUGUUUAUGCAGAUCAAUAAAAAAUAUAACUAGGAAACCUAAUAAAAUUAUAAUCAAAUGACAAAUUUAGUCAACUCAUAGAAUUGACUUGGAAACACAAUUUGAGGGCAAUCAAAUACCUGUUGUUGAAGGAACUGGAUGAGUAGACCUUGCAAAAUCUGUUGAUUGCUUUCUAACAGUACAUCAACAUCGUGGGAUCCACCUAAAUGAAAUCUGCAUAGAGUGCUUUCAUCAAAACUAUUUGCGAGUUCUGUAAACCAAUGCAGGGAGAGGAGUUUGCGAAGAAACAUAUCCAAAUAAACAAAAUGGUAUUGAACAUAGCAAACUGUUUAGGAAACUUAUUGGAAUGCAGCAGUUGGAUUUGCAUCUUUAAGACCUUUGAAGAGUGCGAAAACCAUUACUUAAGGAAUAGGCUAGCCAAAAAUUCAAGUUAGGAGGAGUAGAUCAAGACCUUCGACAUCACAAUCCUAUUCCAAAGUCUGGAUUAGUUGUUCUCUUAAAGUCCUACUUAUGGCAAUGAACAUCUGAUUACUGUCAUGGAUGCUAUUAAUCAGAUAACGAUUGAGUGUUUGGAAUAGCAAUAGACGAUGGAUUAGAAAAAAUCAAAUGUGCAAUUUGGAGAAUAGAAGAAGUAUUUUUCACUUUCAAAAUUGGUUGAAUUAAUUAAAUUUAACGUUUUUAGGUUAGAUGUAUUUUGGGAAUUGAUAAUUGCUCAUUUUAUAUCGGUAAUAUCAUCACGUAAUACCAACUUAGUUUUGAAUGCAGCCGAUACUUUAUCUUAAAUUAUCUUUUAUGGUUUCGAAUAUUUAACUAAAUUCUAUAAAAAGAACCAACAACAAAACAACCAACAAUUUAUUAAGGACAAAUGGUCUAACAAGGAUUCUAUAUAUCAAUAAACUCUAUUUUAGCCAUGGGUGGACAUGUGCACAUUAAGAUUGAAUGAUAUUAAGGAGAUCAUUCUCGCUAAUAUACUGAAGAUGAUUCAAAAUAAUGGUCAUGAAGUCUCAAAUAAGGGUUGGGAUUCCAUCUUAAUUUUAUUAUUAAAUAUUAGUUCAGAAUAAACCACAUUAUUUGUUAAAUAAGGACUGGGAUGCACUGAAUAGAUCAUUAAUUAAUUUUUGUCUAAUUUGGAUGGCAAAUAAAUCUUUUAAUUAUUCGAUAUCAUUGAUAAUUUCAAAUCAAAUUCAAAUGAGUAGAAUAUCAAUUUUUAAAUUUGCAACAUGCUUUGGCAUCUUGGAGAUUACAUCACCAAAAAUAAUUCAAAUUAGGAAUAAGGAAACCUACUCACAAAUGAAUAAUUAGAAAUGAAUUUAAAGGAGAUAUUUCAAAAAUUGUCAGUUAUUGCACUUGAUCCAAUUCCUGAGAUAAGACAUUCAGCUAUUCAUAUAUUUAGCAAUCUACUCAUACAUCUUAAUUCAUAAAACUAAUACCUUGAAUGGAAGAAGAUUUUGGAGGAGAUCUUUUUGGAAUUAAUGCAUAAGAUCACCCAAGUGUUCUAGGAUAAAAAUCAAGCCAAAGAACUUGAUGUAUCACAAUGGGAGGAGACUGUUAAAAGUGUCUAUUAGGCAUUUGUUAAAUUGGUCAAAAAGUACUUUCUGGUCAUUGAGGAAUCCUCACCUAAUAAAGAUUAAGACAUUGAAGCAAUAAUCCGUUAAUCGAUCCCCGAUUUCAUUAUUGUGUUUUAAUAGAGCAAGGCUUUAUUGAGUAUGGAAGCAACGAAGCAAUUAAGAGAAUUAUUUUUAUAUCAACCAAUAAUUUGUCUCUAAAAUUUUGAUGAGAUUUUGAAUCAAAUUUCAGAGAUCUUCAACUUCCCUUCUUCAGAUAUCAAGUAUUUAAAAACAGUCAUUCUACAUAUAACUCCUGAUGUUUUGGAGUUAUUAAAUGACAUUAUCAAAUUAAGCAAAGACAUCUUGAUAGAGUAGGUCAUUGACACCUACUAUAAAAUCUUGGAAUUCCCAUUGAUUGCUCAUAUGAAGAUUGAUUUGAUUCAAAAUAAAAUCUUUUUUGAGGACAAUUUAGCACCGAAACAAAUUUUAGUAACCUUGUCCUAAACCUUGCCAAAACAAAGUCCUAAACUAAUACCAAGAAUCAUCUAUAACGUUAAAGAACUGAUCAAAGACCCUCCUAAUGAUAAAUAUAAGCAUAUGCUAUUGAAAAGGCAUUUCUCUCAAUUCAAUACGAUGAUGGAUAACAACAUCCAACACUUCUUUUAAUUUUCAGAACUCUACGAAUACAUUCUAAUUACAAUGAGAAACAAUGAUCAAUACAUUUACUAUUCAGAACUACUGAAUGAGGAUAAGUCUAUCUAUAUGAUGAUGGCUGAGAACUAUUUAUCUAGAGCAAAAACCUACCUUCAAACCAAUAAGGAAGAUUCCCUCAAAGUCCUUUAAGCAUUGCAACAAAUCCUGCCAGACAGAUUCCUUUUAGAUAAAUAACAAGGGUAGAACAAGAUUCUGCAACAAGAAAAUCAAUCGCUGGAACUCUAUUAGAUUGAGUUAAUAACAGAAAUCUAUAGAGGCAAUCCCCAAUUGUCAGAGACCUCUGAGUUUCAGUAAUUUAUACAAAAAUUACAUGAAAUGUCUGCCAACUCUUAGAUAGCAAUAAACAAGUUAUGCCUCUUGUCUUAAAAUCAAUUUGUCAUACCAUACUUAUUGGAUGCAAGCCAAAAAAUAUUGGAGAGAGGGAUAGGAGAUGAAGGGCAUAAUUAAAAAAUAAUCUUAGAUUUGCUAAACAAUCUUCAAUCGAUUUCUAUUCCUGAUAAUUCAUUUCUAUUAUUCUAAUAAUUAAGUGGUGACUUUAUAGCCUAUCCUGAGACAUCACUUCUAUAAAGUGAAUUUGGACAUCUAUUUUAUCUAAUGCCUUAAUUGGUGUAAAUAAUAACGCAUAAAUCUGAAGAAAUCAGAAUAAAAGUAAAAGAGAUACUAGAACAGAUCUCAAAGAUUAUUCUAAAAUAAUAAAAAUGAGAGUAUAAAUAUAAGCAUAACAAAUUGUUUUGAAUUGUCAAGAA